UGGCUGUUGGACAUUUUCGUGCGUACUCUGCGGCUGCGGAGCCGGAGACCAUUGUGAUGGAAUGGCUAAAUAAAGUGUCGUUAUUAGUGGAGUGAAGUGGCGGGUUUAACACGGACGAGAUGGCAUCCGACAGGUAGAUACGAGGGUCGUUAUUUGCAUGAUUCCGUAAAUGAUGGUAAUUUUUCGACAGGAUGGAAUGGGUGGAAAUCAUCGAGCCCCGUACCAAGGAGCACAUGUAUGCGAACCUGACCACUGGUGAAUGUGUGUGGGAUCCCCCGCCUGGAGUUCCUGUAAAAAAGACAGACAACAACCAAUGGUGGGAAUUGUUUGAUCAGAACACGUCAAGAUUUUACUACUACAAUGCAACAUCUCAGAAAACGGUUUGGCAUCGUCCUACAGACUGUGACAUCAUACCACUGGCCAAAUUGCAGACAUUAAAGCAAAAUACGGAGCCUGUCGGACCUGGUGGAGAUUCGCAGAGGGGAAAUGAGCCCAAGAAGAAAGAGUCCGUUUCAACACAGACUCCAACUUCUUCAGUUGGUAGAGUUGCACAUUUGCCCUUUCAGGAGAGUCCAAAUCUAGCUGCGACACUACAGGUCGGAAGUGCUUGCAGAUCUCGAGGUCCAGGAGUCGGUAUCGAUGCUCAAACUUCGCCUCCGUCACUUUCACCUUCGUCCAGACGUCACCAUCAUCACCACCAUCAUCACCAUAACAGCCGGCAUCAUCAUCGACAUCAUGAACAACCUGCUGCUCGUAGGCAACACAAUCACUCCCAGGAUUCCGGGCGUUCCAGCGAUAGCUCGGUAUCACAUAGUCGCACGUCUUUGGAAUCUACUGGGUAUCGACUCCUGGAUUCACCUCAUCGACAUCACCAUCGUUCCAUUGGUCAGACCCAACCGAUACCACCACCAUCAUCUCAUUUGCGUCAACAAUCUGGUACCUUGGAAAAUCGAAGUCACAAAAGUGGGACUCUGGAGAGUGUGAAAAACCAAAAAAUGCAACCAAAAACUGAUUCACCACCGCUUGGUUUAUCGCUUUCUACUAGUACUCCUCUUUUCAAAAAAAAAACCUUUGUAGAACCGCAAAGAGAAAUAAGGGGGACGAAUUUGGAUUCGGACAGAAGUAAGAAUGGCAAAGACAACAGAGGUUCGUAUGGCCCUGAGCCAAGUACAUCGCCAUAUAGAGAAUCGUUGAUGGAAUCACGAGGUUUUAGGCAAGAAAUGCCGCCAUACCGUCCACCCGAAGUUCAAGUCGGUCAAGUGUAUAAACCUCAGGUGGACAAAUACGGAUCUCUCGUGGAGACGACAGGGAAUCGAUACCACAGAGAACGGGAUCUACAUUACAGGGAGAGGGUAAACAGUCUAGACAAAACAAACGCAACAUCGUUUUAUCCUAGUUCUAUUCAUCAUCGCAACAGGCAGGAAACAGGCAGUGGUAGCAUCAGCAGACCUCACCAUGUUGGCUCAGUUUCUCUGUCAGAGGCUAAUGUCAGGGAAAAAUAUGGUGGUGUACCACCCGAGAGAGCAGAAACGAAUAAAAGUUUGAUCAGAAGUGGAGGCGGCAUUAUGGCUAAUGUCUCCAAGCAAAGGAGCUUGGAAGUUGGUGAAAGAGAUCAUAGGAGGACAAAUUGCAACAAUUCUAUUGACCGCACACCGCAACCAAUAGCACGGAGCUACAGUUUCGUUCAGCAACAAAAGCAGCAACAGAAACAGCAAAACAGGAGACGAGAUAGAGACGACGAUUCAAUGCAUGAGAGAUAUUUAGUUGGCCAACCGCAUCCUCCGCCGCGAGACAGCAGUAACAGUAAUAGCAAUGACACCAGCAGCACAAACAGCAGCAGUAACAGCAUGGGGGGUGAGGAAGUGGUUGGAGUUGAGGAGAGCGCGAAUGGGAAAAAAAAGAAGAGUAACGGAAACCCUAGUCCUCCCCCUUCACCUUAUUACGGAAAUCUAUUAGUGGAUUCCGACCACUUGCUACCUCUUCAACAUUACAUUCUUCAGCAGGCUAAACUCUCUGGUUGUUAUCGGUUUGGUGAUCCCUUGCUCGCUGAAGAAGGAGAUGAUUCGUUAGAUGAAGAAGGUGGCCGAGGUGGAGGAGCAGGGGGAAGGGUGGAUGACGAUUCUGACGAUCAGUUUGCAGAUGAUGAGGCUGCUAGCAAUCAGGGAGAUUCUUCAAGCCAAGAAUAUCUUGAGGAUCACUAUGCAGAUUUAGGCAACUAUGACACGGCAGGUUUAGCUACUUAUUAUAAUACAGCAGACACUUUGACGAGGCCUCCAGCUACCCCGCCACCCCCAACUAUAGUUUCUCACACUGAGAGCAUAGCUGCGGGGGUUGUGAGACCGAUUUCCCUGCCACCUUCGACUGGAACGAAUUUAGGAACGACUCCGAAUAUUGGAAAUGAAUCUGGAAUAGGAUCGACGGACUUUGACGAAGUGAGGCGAGACGGCGGUGGCGGAGACAUAGAAAAAUAUGCGCAAGACAAUUUGAACCUGAACUGUGGAAGACCGAAGGGACUCAGGCUGCUUUUCCGUAAGAAAUUCAGCGUGCGCGACAUGCUGAGUUGGUCUAAAGACCCGAUACCUCAGCCAAUGCUUGCUAUAACUGGUAGAGACGGUGAGAAGCUUCUUAAGAGAGAAGCUUGUAAUUUAUUCAGACUCGUGCAAGUUUACAUGGGAGAUAGAAAAGCUAACGUAGGUAUGACUCUCGAUGGAGUAGCAAUGGACAUAGUCAAUACAAUCUUUGCUAAACCGCCGCUACGAGACGAGCUUUACGUGCAAAUCUGUCGUCAAACUACGGAAAAUCCUCGUAAAGAAAGCCUGCGCAGAGGAUGGGAGCUGAUGGCUGUCUGUCUGGCUUUUGUUCCUGCUAGUGCUACUUUUGAGCCGUACCUUGAAGGCUACAUGAACAGGCAUAGAGAUCCAGAUUUUCAAUUUCUCGAAGUUCCAAAAUGGCCAAUACACGUCCAAGUCAGUCACUAUGCUACCGUCGCAUGCCGGCGCUUACAGCGCAUUGGAGCCCAUGGAAAACGCCAACCCCGCAAGGCUACUCUUGAGGACAUUGACCAAGCUAGGAUACAAAUCUUCCGUGCUUCGAUGUUUGGCGCGACGCUAGGAGAAGUCAUGGCUUUGCAACGAGAUCGAUACCCUCAAAGGGAGCUUCCCUGGGUGCAAACGACACUAGCAAGACAGGUUUUACUUCGUGGUGGAACUACAACAGAAGGGAUUUUCAGAGUAUCUGCCGACGCAGAUGAGGUUAGCGUCCUUAAAGCGUCUCUUGACCGAUUCGAGGAUAGCGGAGUGGCAAAUUCAGCCCAAGAUGCUCACGCACCAGCUUCUCUAUUGAAGCUUUGGGUAAGGGAACUGUACGAGCCACUCAUCCCGGAUGCUCUCUAUACCGAAUGUGUCUCAUUACGCCACGACGAUGUUCGAGCCGCUGCCGCAGCAGCUACUGCAUUGAUAGAUCGGCUUCCCGACCUUAACCGUCGUGUUCUUUGUCAUCUGAUAAGAUUUUUACAGAUAUUUGCAAGACCGGAAGUUGUUGUUCGAACAAAAAUGGAUGCAAGCAACUUGGCUAUGGUAAUGGCUCCUAACGUGUUGCGUUGUACGUCCCAGGAUCCGAGAGUUAUUCUAGAAAAUGCUAGAAAAGAGAUGGCCUUUGUUCGCACCCUCAUUCAAUCUCUAGACACUGCGUGGGUCGAAGGUCUUCACUGACUAUUAGAUUACUUAGACUAGACUUAAAAAAAAACUGCUAUGCCAAAACGACAACUGUAUAUUCAUUAUUAUUAGUCUCAUCGUUAGUGUUAUUAUUAUUAUUAUUAUUAUUGUAUUAAUUGAAAAAAUUAUUGCUAUUACUAUUUGUUCUUAUACAAACAAUUAUUAUCAUUAUCAUUAUUAUUAAUAUUAUUUUUUAUUUUCGUUAAACGUGUUCUUUUAUCUAAAAAUGUGUAAUUUAAACGUCUACAAGAGCUGAGCCACUCAUUUCCUAUUUAUUAUUUAUAAACAUAUAUUAGCAUAUUACUAAAAUAUUAUUAGAUUAUAUAUCGCUAUAUGAUAUUUUACCGAUUCUUGUUACCGCGCGAAUUGCGAUGGCUUUUUUACUCGAUCAUCAUUGUUGAAUCCCAUGUAAUAUAAAACUAAUGCGUUACCGUGUAUAUCCGUGAUAUCGUCACAGCGAGGUCUUUUUGUAUAACGAAUAUAAGCGUAUAUACAAAUUUAUUAUAUGAAGUAAAAAGGAAAAGAAAAUACUUGCGAAGGAUUAGCAUUUAUUUGUGUAUUUAUUUUUUCAAUAUAAAUUGACAAGAUACAACAUAUCAAUAUUUAUUCGAACAUGCAAAUUGCCGAUACUAUGGUUGGUACAACCAACUACUGCUUUUGAUGAUAGGACUGGUAGCAGGUCACUUUGUAAUUAUAGCCUACCAGUGUUUUUCAAGGCUUCACUAAAAUUACAAGGCUUACUGUAAACUUGUUAGUUCUAAAGCUGUAUAAUAAUUUUAUGGGCAUAAAGUGGAGUGAUCUACGUGCUGUUAGAAACGAAUACAGAUCGAAUUUGAAGAAAAAAAUACAUUUUGCAUCGCAUUUCGAACCGAAAAUAUAUGUUUUUUUUCUGCAUUAAGCUGCGCACAGAAUUUUUCGAAAAUCCCACAAUUUAUUGAGGUUUGUCAUAAUUCUAACUUCUGUGUAAAUGAGUAUAUUGGGAGAUUUGUCAAAUAACUUUCAGAAACUAUUUGAAUAUGCCACUAACCAUACGAAUGUUUUCAACCUGGUUUUCAAAGUGGUUAUGUUUUGAGAUAUCUCUGUGACUGCCAGUCCUAUAAAUACGUUGAUUUGCCAUGAUUACACAAAACACUAACACUGUUCUAAAACUUUUGUCAUACAGAUUAAAUUACGUGCUGGAAAUUAUUUCAGACGACUGCAAAAAUACUGUUACAUAACGCAAAUAUUCGGGGUCAUCUUAAAAAAAAUUCUUGAGCAAUGCUUGCAAAUGUUCCUCAAAUUAUUUAUGUUUAUCGAUGGAAUAUCUCACACGACGAAAAUAAUAUAGAUUGGCUUAGUUUGGUUGUUACGAAAGUCAGGAUUCUGUUGGACAAAACAGAACAAAGAAAUCGGCUACAUCGCAGUAUAAUCCAUUAUAGUAUCUUUGAUCAUCAAACGUAUUCCAUGAUUGCUUGCAAAUAAAUUUAUUGAAAACAAAUAAUGUAUGGAAGGCAUUUCGAGCUGGAAUAUUGUUGAAUAUAUUUGCCCAAGCCCAACCCGCUAAUACAUCAUGUGAGACUGCAGGAACAAAUACUUAAUUUGUAAUCGGUAAUUUUGGAAGCUCAUACAACAAAUUGCACAAUUCGUUUGCUGUGAACGCUAAAUCAGAGUUGUACAUUCUUCAGAUAUCUUGACUGAAUGAAUUGAUCAUACCUAUUGUGCAUUCAUGUACCAGAUUCACUGUCAGAGAUUUUUAUAGCAUGAAGAAAACCCCGUUUUAUUAAUACGUGCGACGGUAACUAUAUGGAAAGCACGUUUUGGCGUGAAAAUUAUUUCGAUAGCGGUAUUUGACAAGCUCAAAGAGCACGCGUGAAUACUUAAAUAUACUAAUAAGUAAUUCUCACGGCCGCCUCUGUAAUUUGUACUCGAAAAAGUGCUCUUCAGAUUAUAUCGUCGCGCAUGUAAAUGAACACGUCUCCUUACGAGAGGGGAAAAAAGUACAGUAAAGGCUCCUAUGGAAUUGAUUUACAGACAAAAACUAUCUGGGCUCCGAGAAUCGCCAAAAAGAAAAAACUAGCACUAACUGCAUUGUAAUUUUUAGAUCAAAUUUUGCCACAUCUUGAUACUCACUACAAACAGUUUCUUUAGAAUCAAAACUUACAAGCAAGAAACGGAAAAUUUCUUUGAACGUCCAUCGUAUUUCCUCAGCUGUCGGUUUUACGAUGUUCUAAAUAUAUCUUUUUCAUUAAUCAAAUGAUCCUUCAAAUCGAUUCUGAGAUAAGUUUUACAAAAGAAGAAAGGCCCUCUUUGGAUUUUUACAGUAGAAUGUUGGUCGAAUUUAAAAAACAUCAAAACAUUAAUCCAUUACUCUAGGUUUAUUUAACUUUUGAAAUGAAUCCUCGGUCGAAUUAUUCUAAUUAACAGUUACGAUUAAUAAGUAUGACACAUAACGUUGGUAUAUGAUUUUUUUUGAGACGGAAAGUACCAAUCAAAAAACUAGUAUUAUGAUUUAAUACGUAUUUAUUUUUGAGACACAUAAUUACGACCAUUUAGCAAUAUACAGAAGUAGAUUCGUAUUAAGUUUCCAAGUUUUCGUCUUAUCUGCAGUUUUUUACGAUAAAAGAAAAUAACAAAUCAACCACAUCAAACCCUUCAAUCAAUCUUUCACAAUCCUCAGCGCUGCUCGAGCCUUGAAUACUUUUACGGAAGUAUCUACGAAGAUGAAUAUGUACAAUGGGCAAGUGACUUGUGAUAGUAUUUCUGAAGACUAUAAUUACGGGACUUCCGCGGCCUGCACAGGCUUACC